CACAGCAAAUCGCGUGUUGUUUUUCCCCCAUACCAACCCACAAGCCACACAAACAACAAACAAACAAACAAACAACAACAAGGACAAUGAUGAUGGCUGUGUUGGGGAAGCUACUCGCGCUUGUGGUGGUGGUGGUGCUGUGCCUUCAGCAGCCACUGCAGCACCAGGCUGCUGCUGCUGCGUCCUCCACCACGGCGGCCCCAGGUGGAUGCGAUGAGUUCAUGCAGGCAGCAGACGCAGCAGUAGCCGCUGCGGAGACAGCGUGCGGCACCUCUCGCCUGGAAGUCCUUGCGCGAGGCGACUCGUUUCAUGGCGGAAGCGAAAGCUUCUGUGUGGCUUCAUGCAUCAAUGCCAUCAAUGCGCUCCUGCGGACCUACGACAACAGAACGGCGUGCACCAGCAGCACGGACGAGGAUUAUCGCGUCUACCAACGCAUUCAAACAGAACAGCGCGAGUGCAACCCGCCUCGGGAUGAGUGCGUGUCCGUCUACUUUGAGUACCUCUUCUUCUUGCAGUCCACUCAGGGGCAACAGUGUCUAGCAGAGAUGGCUGCUGCACGCGCUCUCACGGCAUCGGACCACCAAGCAGCCUAUCACGCCAUCUGCUCAGGCGAUUGCUUCACUCAGCUGUCGGGCUUUGCAACGCGGCUGCAAGAUGCGGGCUGUAGACCGUGGCCCGCCUAUCUCGAAUUGCAGCGCAACCUCGACCUUCUCUGCAGCAAGGCGGACGACACGUAUUGCGAGCCCGGAUACAUCGCAGCGGCCAGCGAUAUUGCCGUUGCCCGCGACACCUCGCGCUCCGUCUCUGAGCGCACGUCAACCCUCAGCACCAUCUGCACCCCUUGCUUCAAUGAGAUCCAAAGUAUUGAAGGGCGAUACAAGGGAGCACUUGGGCUGGAGAACGGCGAGGGAAACCUGUGCACACAGGUGGAUGACACAUAUUGUCUGCCAAUCCUCGAUGAUCUCGAGAACACCGUCAGCCUCACAUCCGGCGAAGUUGGCCGUUCAUCGUCGAUCUAUGCUGUCGCCGUAAACGAGAUUGUGGACGAUCUUGGCUGCUGCUUCCACGCCAUGGAGGCCCUGCACACAGCUCUCACAGCAACACCAGAUGCAACGAGCAACCUGUUUGCCCGGCUGUCGUUCUUGUCUGACUCGUGUUGUGCACGCCAGAGGUCUGCUUGCCAAACCACAUUCGACCCAUCCUGCGACCACCAAGACCAGACGGAAACGCUGUCGGUGACCAUUGCCAGCCCGCCGUUUGCUUGGAUUCGUGAUAACCAAGACCUGUUCAACACCGCGUUUGUUGCCGACAUUUCCGCCACGCUCGGUGUUCUCCAGUCGUCUGUCACCGUCACCGGUUUCCAGCAAGUGAGCCAAGGGGUGACUGUUUCCUUCCAGGUCGCAUCUGAAACGACCACACGGCUGCAAAAGAUUGAGGCCGAGUUGACGGGCGUGAUUGCUCGCGAUAGUCUCUCCCUGUGGAACACCGCCGCUGCAUACACCACGCGCUGCGAUUCCACGUGCACGAGCGAUGCAACCCACACGGCUGCCAGCGGGCUUGUCAUUCUGACCAUUCUCCUCUUCACCAAUCUUACCUUCAUCCUUUGAACACAGACUGUGUGUGUGUGUGUGUGUGUGUGUGU